AUGUCGCCCCAGAGUCUAGGGACUAGAGAACACCUCGCUUCCUGGUCGAAACGGAUAUUCUUCAAACCCGAGUUAUACCGUGCUCGUUAUGAUGUCCCACCCCGGCUACAAAAAACCCUCGGAUAUGCUUUCUACGCUCUUACCCUCGACCGCAAACUAAACAACGGCAAGGACUUUUUUGAUUCCGACGACCCUAUCGAUGGAUCUGUUCGGGAAGAGCUGGAAGGAAUCGUGGAUAAGGUUACUCAGGCUCGAAGGCGCACCAUACGGAUGGAAUGGUCCUGGAAGGAAUUUCUUGACGGUGCUGAUCAGUGUCGACACGAUCCCGACCUUCUCCUGCAACGGUUUCCGCCACCACCCCACAUGGCACAGUCCCCGAUUGAUUACCCUGUGUCUUUCGUGGAUCGCGACGGAAGACUUCUCUAUAUUUACCUUCCAUCUUUGUUGAGCCAAACACGCGUUAAAACCAUUUUCGAUGCGGCGGCAAAGGUUUUCCGCUCGCAGUCCUCAGACUUCCAAAAAGAGCUGGGGAAUAAUAUCCUCGAACACGAGAAGGUACUUCCCCCCAACCCCACAUUACAACCAGGCGGAUUGGCCCUGUUUCCGGCCAAAGGCCAUAGCCAGCAUCUCCCUUGGGAGCAACAUGUCCCUCCUUCUCCAACCUUCUCCAACCCCAGGCACUGCCAUGCCGCUUUCGACUUCCUCGAUUCGAUCGACGCGGAAACUACAGGCAUUCUCGGUGCUGUGCUUGCUUUAACAAGUCCCAACCACCUGCAUGUCGUAUACGAGUUGUUUGAAGCUCUAGAAUCUCGAACAUUGGUUCCCCAGGAUCAACAGCUCUUCGCCGACAUCAUGCAGCAUUGGGCGUUUCCUUUCACCGACGUUUACCUUCACGCAAAUGCCCAACUGUCCGACUCCUACCGCACUCAUUACCGACCCCAUACCCUCCAACUGUACUUUUCCGCGGGUCUCUCAUCAGAGAACACUCUUAAGGUUGAAGGGCUUCACCGGCAAUUCACGUUCGGGCCUGGUUCCAUCGCUAUCGGAUAUCCAGCGAUGUUCCUUUCAGAAAUGUGCCCCGGAGGGAACGACGACCAGGUAAUGUUUGCGGGAUGCAUCGACGAUCUAUUGAGGGGCACGCUCACCUCCGUUCUCCAUCCCUUGCCUCUCAACGACACUGAAUAUAAUGACUACAUUUCGCAUAUGCUUGGAUAA